AUGGCCGCGGUGGUCGUCGCUGUCGCAGGAAUGGCGCUCCUCUUGUACUGCGUGCUCGCCCGCAUCGAGGCGUGCGGUCGCUUUGGUCGCAAUAAGCGGCGGCUCGCCCGCAUCGAGUCGCAAGUGGGCUUCCAGCCCAAGUUCAAGAUCGUCGUCAGCUUCUACCAGGUGGCUGGUACGCUCGGCCCCGUCUACGGUGUCCGCCUCCACGAGGACUUUACGCGCUGGACAGACUUCAUGGACGCGAUCAGCCUAGACCUAAUCGGCCUCACCUACCCGGGCGCGUGCAUCGGCUCGAUGGGAGACCGGCUCUUGCUCGCAGGCUUGUGGCCACUUGCGGCCAUGAUUCUCGGAGGUGCCGCCCUCGCCUGCUACGCGUUCGUAGAGUGGCAUCGGUCUGGUCGCGCCGACGGCCUCCGGCGCGACCUCGUCCGUGCUACGCUGCGCCGCCUCCUCUACUGGGCCAUCCUCGUCGCCUACCUUGCGCUCCCCUCCGUGUCUCGCUCCAUCUUCAGGGCGAAGCAGUGCGAGUCGUACGACAUCAACGACUUCACUGGGGAGAGGCGCAGCUACCUCGUGGCCGACCUCGACGUGCUCUGCAGCGCCGACGACGAGGAGUACCGCGGCCUCGACGCGUACUUCUGGGCCUUCUUCGCCCUCUGGCCGGUGCUCGUCCCGCUAGCCUUCCUCGUGCUGCUGCUCUGGAUCCGCAGAGCCGUGCGGGCGCAGCGAAUCAGCCCUCUCGCCCGGGCCAGCCGCUUCCUCUGGCGCGACUACGACCCGGCCCUUCUCUUCUGGGAGGUCAUCGACCUGGGCCGCAAGCUCUUCCUCGCCUCGCUGGUGCUCUUCAUCCAAACUAAUGACGGCUCGAGCAAGCUCCUCCGCCUCCUCGUCGCCUCUGUUGUCUCGGGCCUCUACCUCGCCGCCCUCGCCCUCGCCCGGCCCUUCAAGCGCGCCGACGACCUCUACCUCGCUGGCACCGCCAAUUUGUUGCUCAUGUGCUGCUUCGUCUUGGGGGUGGUCGUCCAGCUGUGCGAGAGCGACGACGACAUGUGCAAGGCCCUCGUCGGUUUUGAGAGCGCGCGCGGCGCAAGUGCGUUUGUAGUCGCGCUCACCGCCGCAAUGCUCGCCGCGUCGCUGCUCAUCAUUGUCCUCAGAAUCGCCAGCGCCGUCCGCGCGCCCACCAUCCGCCUCGCCUCCUCUGGCCGACGGCCUGCCCUCGAGCUGUCCCCCGAGUGCCACUUCCACGGCUUCAUCUCGCACGCGUGGGGGACCGGCCAGGACCAGACCCACACCAUCGUGAGGCGACUACAGCUUCUUCUCCCCGGCGUCCGGAUCUGGCUCGACGUCGACAGCCUCGACGACGUUGGGAUGCUGGAGGAGUCUGUGGCCGACGCCAUGACCUUCCUACUCUUCAUGAGCGCCGGCUUCUUCAAGAGCUACAACUGUCGCCGCGAGCUGUACGCGGCGCUCGCCUCGAACCGGCCCUUCAUCCCGAUCCACGAGGCGGACCCGGCAAAGGGCGGCGCCUCGAUCGCGGCGCUGAAGGCCGAGUGCCGCGAGAACUGCGUCGAGGCCGCCCCGCCAGCCUACCCUUCCUACGGCGGGCCAGAAGAGAUGCUCGCGCGCGUGUUUGAGGAGGCGGAGCCGAUCGUGUGGGUGCGGGUGAACGCCUUUCAGCUCGAGUCGCUCAAGGCUGUCGCGCUGCGCAUGCUGCUGCACUCUCCGUACUACGCGAGCCGCCCGGCUGAGCUUGAAGCCGGCCUGAUGGUGCCUCGCCAGCCGGGGCCCUAUGCCUUCAUCGGCCCCGUCACCAUCCUCGUGUGCCGCGGCAACAAGAGCGCCGUCGGCGUCGCAGGGGAGGUCGUGACGGCGGCGGGCGAGGGACACGGCUCUGCUGAGACCAACGCUGAGAUGGUUGUGAUCCGCGAUGCGGAGGAGGCGCUCGAGGGAGCCAACGCGGCCCCGCUCUCCGGACACGUAGUGCUCCUGCUCUACCUGAACGACAAGACCUUCCUGGACGCCAGCGGUGCCGUCGCGCGCCUCGUGCAAGCGGCGAUGGACCGGGGCAUCGCCAUCGCCCCGGUCCACGAGCAGGAUCCUGCGAGCGGCGGCGUCCCUUUCCGUGCCUUUUUCCAGCAGACGCCGCAGGUGCUGCAGCAGCCGCCCUACGAGCUCUACGACACACUCGCCGUGCCGCUCUACCCGUCGGUGGAGCACCGCAAGGUGAGCCUGCGGCUCGUGCUGCGCAGCAUGGGCGCGGUGCCGUGCGACGCGGGGCUGCUCCGGCGGCAGUGGCAGCUCCUCCGCCACCACAUGGCGGUGGUGCGCCCCGUGCGGCGGCGGCCCGGAGAGCCGCGGGAGUCACAAGCGGACGGGCAGCCGUAA